CCUUUUACCUUGGUUACACCGCCUCACAAACCUCCUGAAGGUUUCAUCCAGAAGGGACACUGUUGAAACUAAAUUUGUGACGCACUGACUGUACAUUUCUGAAGAGGAGUUAGCUGGAAGGAGGUAACAUAAAGUAAGGCACAGGAGGAAACUGAGAAGAAAACUCAAAGCUUGGUCAUGAAGAUGAAGUGUGCUGCUGCUGCUGCUGUUGUGCUGCUGAGUCUCUUCUCUCUGGGACUUUCUGCUCCUCUGAGCAGCUGUGACGAUCUACUCAAACCAAUAACUAUCAGCAAAGAAGAAAUGUUGGGUCGGUGGUACUACAUCGGGGGGAGUUCUGACAUCCCAGGAAGUCGGUCGCUGGCUUACCUGAUGACUGACUCCUGGCUGGACCUGAAUGUCACCUCCAGGAGCAACGUUCUCAAUAUCGUCCAGAGUCAGAGGAUAUUUGGGACUUGCUUCAGCUUAGCAUACGACGUGAUCUUUGAGAACAGCACAAUGUUAAUCGAGCAACCUUUCUACCUCAAAGAGGUCUACCUGUCAACAGAGUGCGCUGACUGUCUGGUUGCCAAAGAGGACAUCAUCUCUGCAACUAAUUUCACUAGUCUGCUUAUCUUUAGCAGAAGCAGGAGCAUCUCACCUGCUGCACUGGAGCUGCUGAAGAAACAAGCAGAGUGCCUUCAAAUGCCGACACCUAUAAUGUUAAACUCAGACAACGAAAUCUGCCCUGACGACAUCACGCCCUCUGAGGGCCUGAGCGCAAUCAACUCGGUACUGCAGGCGAAGAUGGGAUUUCGAGUGGGAAAAUUUCUGGAUUCUCUUUUUGACAUGUUUAUAAACUGAAAGAAUGCUCUGGUUUUAUUCCUUCCUCAUGACAAUUAUAUAAGAAACUGAAGGGUUUGUUGAUUUAUUCAGUGUGGCCCAGAGAGCCAGGACUCUGAUCCACUAAAAGUGAACAGAAAAAGAAAACUGCUCCCUUGCGGUACAUGUUAUUUUGAAUAAAAAUCACAAUUCCAGAA